AUGUCUCCAAAAAAAUCCAUCAUAUUUACCAACUCCCAGUCCAGGCUACGAGUCAUCGAAGACUGCCUAAGUGAUUGUUCGAGCGCCCAACCCAGUACAAGCUACGUACAGGCAAUCUCGGUGUUGUGGGAUCAAAUUUUAAGUGAAAAAUUGGAUCUUAUCGUCAAACUAAUAACAAGAAACGAGUUACUUUAUCAGUACUACGAUUUAGUAAGUCGCAAUUUUGAAGUCGAGCAGCUAAAAUGCAAGCUAAUUUAUUAUAUUUUCACUCGUGAUGUUGUUUCUGUUUUAUCUGGUUUUGGUUACCUUAUAUGCUCUAGGAUCUUGACUAGAGCUACUGAAUUGCAAUCGUAA